CAGUCAGAGAGUGUCGUUCGUUGAGUGGGUGGGUGUCAAUUCGUUUACGGACGGUCGUUCGCGUGCGUUGUCUUCCGCAAUUGCUUUUAUUGUAAAAUCUUUGAUUUUGGGAAGUCUUUGUUAUUUUAGUGCUGGUCUUUAAAUACGGAUUAUUACAUUCUCAUUUAUCAACAUGUCUGGCGAUAAUAUAGAAAAAUUGUAUCAAAAUUAUGGCGUGCUUGCCGACGCCAAAAAUGACAUUUCAAAGCAUGAAAAGGAGUAUUUGGAAAUAUUGGCAGCUGUGAAGGGGUCUGACAAGGAGAAGCGUUUAGCGUCCCAAUUCAUCGCGAAGUUCUUCAAUAGUUUUCCCAAUCUUGCAGAGCAGGCAAUUGAAGCCCAAUUCGAUCUUUGCGAGGAUGAUGACAUUGCCAUUCGCAAACAAGCUAUUAAGGAUUUGCCAUCUCUUUGCAAGGACCACAAAGAACAUACUCAGAGAAUUGCUGAUAUUUUAGCUCAAUUAUUGCAGUCAGAUGAUGUUACAGAGAUUAAUAUUGUCACAAACUCCCUAAUUGCUAUUCUCAAAACCGAUCCUAAAUCUGCAUUAAUGGGAUUAUUUUCACAAAUCCACCAAAGCACUGACAGUGAAGUCACCAAUGAAAUAGUCAGAGAAAGGUGUAUAAAGUUUUUGGCAACUAAAGUGAAGCAGCUGGGUAGAGAAGUCAUCAACAAAGAGGCAGAGGAUUUGAUAGUUUCUGAAUGCAAGAAGAUUUUGGAGGAUGUAGUAGCAGAAGAAUUUGAGCAUAUUAUGGAUUUACUCACAUGGUCCAAACUUGGAAAGACUCCAGCUGGGAAGAAAGAGCUUGUUCAACUAGUGGCGGCUAUUGGGUUGUCUCCAGAUGAUUGGCAUCCUGAAGACCCUGAAUAUGUUGACAGGGUCCUUCAAUGCUCACAGCAUGCUUUACCCUUAUUUUCCGCCCAAGUGGAAUCUACUCAGUUUGUCAACUUCUUCUGCGAUCACAUACUUGCCUGCUGGAAGGAUAUAACUACUGCCGAGGGCACUGACUCUAAACUGGAGCUUCUAAAGAUGUUUGCUGAAAUAUCGGAACAUUGUGGUGAUCUGGAAAAUUCACAGCAGAAAAUUGAUGCUGUUUAUGAUGUCCUCAUGAGUUAUUUGCCCGAGGCCCCAAUAGAAGAAAAAACAAAAACUGAAGAAAAUGCAAAAGAAGAAACUAAUUCAGAAGAAAGUAAACCAGCUCCGUCGCUUCAGUUCUCUCACGUGGAAUGCGCACUAUAUGGCCUCCACACUUUGUGCUCCAAGGUUCCGGAUGCUCUAAGUGCAGACACCUCCAAGCUGAAGGCUUUGCGUCUACGGCUCCAAUACACAGCCAGACUAACUCAGGGCUACAUAAAAAAGCUAAAGGAAGCUACUCAGGGUAAAAAGGGAGACUCCAACUCUGAAGAAAACAAGCUAAAGGUUGCAGCUUUGAAAACUACAUCAAACAUCAACACACUUAUUAGAGACAUAUUCCGGACUCCACCUAGCUUCAAAAGCAGAGUUCAGCUUUCAUUCCAGUCAACCAAAAAAGUCGAUAAAGAGGAAAGACAUUCUGAGGAUACUACCGACAAUAAAGACCAUUCACCAGGCCAAAAGCGACACCGUCCUAUCACCUUUGACAAUGGCAACAAAGAAUCUCCUGAAAAACGCUCUCGUAGUGGCGAUAGAAACUUGAAAAUGUACACGCCACCCUCUGGCAAAUACAGCUCCAGAUUAAACAAUAGUGGCCGAUUCUCUGGACCAAAUCCUGGGAGGGGUAGGGGUUAUGGUAGACGGGACUUUAGAAAUAAUGGGGCACCAUUCAGGAGGCGUAGCAAUUACUAAACUAUAACUAUAACUGACAGACAUUUCUUGACUUUUUGCCACUAAUGAUUUUCCAAUAUAGCAUGUUUAUUUUGCAAUCACCAACAAUAUUAAUGUGAAUAGGAAGAUAUUUUUAUUGAGUCGUUAGUCUAAAAAUUCCAAAGUUGUUCAAGAUUUCCUACAAGUUCGUGUGGUGACACCGUCGUUGUUUCUUUUGAGGUGCUUUAGGUUGUUUGCUAUGAGAAAGUUUAGCAAUUUUAAGUUCAUUUAUGCUGAGACAUGAAUCAUUAUUAUCCAACUCCGAGUGAAUAGCUGAAGCUGUCUGGAUGGUGAACCUCGUGCAUCACAUGCAUUUGGUGACUUGAAAUAAGUAUUUCAUCAUCUUAUCUGCCAAAAGAAGCCUGCUAGACAUUAGACACUGCGUCUUCGACGAUAUUACCGCCUCGUUGUUGAUGUCUGCUGUGCUAGCUGGUAUGUGACCAUCACUCUAGUAUCCUGCACCAACAACUAUCGAUUAUUUGCACUGUGACCAUCUUUUACCACUUCAGUGAUGCAGCUGAUCAGAUAAGUAUAAACCAAUAUCAUAAUAUUUUUUUAAUAAUUCAUCACUUAAGCUAUAGCAAUGGACUUGUAUGGUUUUAGGUAAGUAUUAGUUUUAGUUUUAAAUACAUGCGUGUAUAAUAUAUAAACGUCUGGCACUAUUACCCUGAGGUAAGUAUAUGGUGGGAUAUAUUUAUUGUUUCAGAUUCGUAUCUCUUUCACUUUUGUCCAGACCAGAACAUAUUUGAAUAUAAGGAUUUUUAUAUCACAGGAACCUUCAAUAUUUUCCGUAAAUAUAAUAAUUGAUUUUA